ACUUCUUUUUAGAAAAGAAAAUGACAAUUGACAAAAGAUUUUCGAAAUUGUUCCGCUUUCUCAACACAUCAGCAGUUUCCCAAUUCCUCUUCUCUGGUGCACUUCUUAUAUCUUUGACACUGCCUUAGCAUCAGACCACUUCCUCCAGUUACUAUCUUUGGCCAACCUCAAAUCUUCAAGCACAGGUAAAGCCUCAUCAACCUCCAAACUGGAAGCUUUCACAAGCAAACCAGACCACCAACCAAUUCGGACCUGCUCUCUUGAAAACAAUGCCAAUUGCUGCAUCAGUAUGUGGAUUCUAAAAGGCUCAAUCACAAUUGAUCUAAUAGUAUCUGCUGAAAGAGGUUCCCUGGUGCGCCUCUGCUUACUACUACCCCCAGCAUUCAUGUUUUCUCUCUGAAGUAUAUAAGCUACCUUUGUCAACAAGCAAAACUCGUGCCAAGUAGUAUUAAACUUACCAAGCACACUUUCAGGAUUAGGAUUUACCCUUUGAAACACUAAAUGACAUCUCUCUUUCCAUAUCAGCCAACAUACCGUAGCUAUCUUGGCAAUCAAUUCUUUUAUCAUAGACUUCUUCUAAACUUUUGAUCUGUAAUCUCAGGCAGCCAUUUAUCGACAGUUGAGAUUUCCUCCCUUUCUAUUGUCAGAGCUAAGCAACCAAAUUAAACAUAUUGCACCCAGUCACAAAGUAACAUCAUAAUUUCAGGAGUGUAUCCUCACCUCUGACAAGCACUGGAAGAACUAAUUCUUCUUUUGAAAAGGUUGCUGCCAGAUGCCACGGCUGUAACACAAAGCUUCCCCACAAAAAAUCUCAUUUUAGGUGGACAAUCAAUGUCCCAGACAGCCUUCCAAACUUUUUUAUUCAGCCAUAUGAGAGCUAGAACAUCUUGAUCCCCAUUCAUGUAUCUCUUUCAUUGGAGAGAUAGUUCAAGACUAAACUUUUAGUAUUGUUCACUACAAUCAUGGGUGCUGACUGAAAGGUAUAGGGAGACGGUGGAAUAUUUAUCUUCAUUCUCUCUCUGUUGGAUUGCUGAACUUUCGAUUAAGCUGCCGGUAUGGAUGACCUGGCAGUUAGUGACUUUAGUUUGAAUCUAGAUACAAUUUCUAUACCGGGGGGUGGUCGAGAGCUAGAAAAUGCUAUCAAAGUUUUGACAAAAGUUGACAUGGACUUGGCCUAUUCGUCAGAGAAAUUACUCAAUUUACACUUUCUUCUGAUGCAUUUACUUGCAUUAUAUGAUGAACUUGACCCAAGGGCAGUGGGUAAUGGCUACUUCAAAGAAGAUUUUCUUGAGAAAGCAUUGAGAUAUGAUUUAUUAAUUGGCAUUCUAGAUUCUGAGGUAAGAGAGGUGGACAUUUUCUUGGCUACUUUACCAGCAGAAAUCGAUGAUGCCCAUCAUGAAAUAUCUUCAUGCAGACAUUUCCAAGAAGUAUAUACUGUUAUGGAUGAGAAGUUGCAUAAGUGUCGAGAAUCUCUGAAGCAAUCUCGGGAGCAGGCUUUAGAGGUAAAGAGACACAUAGCCAAUCUUCAGAAGGACUUUGCGGCUGUCCAAUCUGACAAAAGUGAGAAGGACAACGGUUUGGAUCUGUCUGACAAAAAUCAACUCUUCAAUUCAAGUUUUAGAGCAAAAACGAAAGAGCUACCCAGAUAUGUCUCAAGGAUGCUAGAGAAAUCUCUUGCUAGGGAGCAAGCUCUUGAGAAGAAAUUGUCGGAAUCCAGACAGAAUGAAGAGGAUCUGAAAUGGAAACUGCAUUAUACAGAACAGGUGGCUCUUCACAUGGAAGAAGCAGCAGAAGUUGUGUGGGGAAGGUUUCUAGAAGCAGAAAAUGCUUGGGAGAUACUGAUGGGUAUAUCCAAGGAGCUGGUAGGAAAAUCUCAAGUCAUUCAAUUUAACCUUAACAGCUCAGUACAACGUGAAGCACAGUUUUUAUCUAAAAUUGAGGAUCUAGCAGAACAGCUGAAAGCUAAGGAUAUCAUCGUGCAAAAGCUUGAAAGUGUAAAUGUCGAUUAUGUCGCCAAAUGCUCUGAGGUUGUAAAUUUGAGCAAUAAAGUGAAGGUACUUGAGGAGCAGCUCAAAGAAACCAGGUUCCAUCUGAAGGAAGCAAAUGCUUCAUGGGAAGCAAGUCAAAAUCAAAUCGAUGAGAUGGAACAUGUAGUUGAGACACUUAAAGAAGGUAUUGAAGCCGCCGAAAGCAAGGUGGAUGCUGCGGAAGGUAAGGUGACACAUUUAACCGACUCAAACCUGGAACUCACGGAGGAGUUAAAUUUUCUUAAGGGUAGCGUUAAUAGUAAGACCGAGAAGGUUAGUGUACUUGAAAAGCAGUCGAGGGAAUUAGAGUUGCAAUUACAGCAUGCAAGGGCAUCCUCAGAAGCAAGUCAAGAGCAGCAGAACUUGUUGUAUUCUGCUAUAUGGGAUAUGGAAACUCUUAUUGAAGAUUUGAAAUCGAAGGUGUCAAAAGCAGAAAGCAAGACUGAUAGCGUGGAAGAGCAAUGUAUUGAACUAUCUGAAGCCAAUUUCGAGCUUAAGAAAGAAGUCAGCCUACUGAGGGCUAAGAUAAGAGACUUGGAGAUGUCACUGGAUGAUGCCAAUAGUUCCAAAGUUGCCAUUUCUGAUGAAGUCAAUCUAAGAUCUAAAAUCAUGAUGGAUACGGUCAUGCAACUAGCCUUUGAGAGGGAGCGGAUCCAGAAGCAGCUAUACUUUUUGACAAAGGAUGACAAAAUGUUGGUUGGGAAGUUAAAAAAUGUGAGGGAAGAGUCACUGAAUUCCAUAUCCCAUGAUAAGGAUUUCAAUGAAAGAGAGCCUCCAUUAUAGUGGUUCACAAGCUGGUGCUUAUGAUGAUACAUCUCAGAGUCAGGGGUACCAUUGCAUAGAACUUCCGAGACAGUGAGGUGGAUGAUCCAUUCAGAGAUGCACCUUGAGGUGGCCCGCAAAGUUGGUUUUCCAUCUUGGCAGGCACCUGUAAAUACAAUGAAGAUGCAAGGCAUUCCAGGUUGAUGUACAUUAUCAUGGAUUUUUUUUUUCUUUUUUUUUUUGGUCACAUUAUGUUUGGUGUUUGUUCUGCGCACGUUCAAAAGAAGCUAAUUUCCAGUUACAUGAUGUUCAUUGAUUUAUUCAAGAAGGCAUAUCUUUAGCGCAGAUGUGCUGCUCAGAGUGAUUGAUCUUGUGAAGUCCUUAUAUGCUUCUCUCUGUCAUUGUGUUUGCAUUGUUUGUAUGCACAUUCAUUCUGAUAUGUAAAUUAUAUGAUUGUUUUGUGGCAAUGUCAUGUUCCUUACAAAUUCUUUUA